UCAACCCUAAUCCACUCCCGCCCAAUCGAAUCGCUGUCAUGGGUCACGACGGCGAUGGAGCCGGCCACCGCGACGGGGAAUCGCAUAAGGAACAAUCUUCUCCUCAUCACAAGUCGUCUCUUAAACGCAAAAAUCGCCCUCACGGACUGCGCAACCGCAAACGAAAAUCGAUUCUGUCUUUGCAACCUGAAAGUUCUAUGAGUAUUCAAACGUUGAGGCCCGAUUUAGCCAGUACAUUGACUUCCUGCACGCGUAGGCAUAAGAAGCAACAUGAUUUUACCCAUAGAAGGGAAGGGAGGAAGCGCAGGAAGGCUGCACGUGUGCAAUGUCACCGCGAGUGGACUUACUCGGAUCAUAUUGGGUCCAAUUAUAGAGAUAAAGUUGUCAUUGUAUCAUACAACAUACUUGGAGUUGAAAACGCAACAAAGCAUCCAGAAUUGUACAGUGGUGUUUCACCAAAAUACUUGGAUUGGCAACGUCGGAAGAAGCUUCUCUGUAAAGAAGUCAAGAGUUACCAACCAAGUAUCAUGUGUUUUCAGGAAGUUGAUCGUUUUGAUGAUCUGAAUGAGGUUCUUGGAAAAGAUGGAUUUAGGGGUUUGCACAAGGCUCGAUCUGGUGAAGCACAUGAUGGCUGUGCCAUAUUUUGGAAAGCUGAUCUAUUUACCCUGUUGCAUGAGGAGAAUAUAGAGUUCCAAAGAUUUGGACUUCGUAAUAAUGUUGCGCAAUUUUGUGUUUUGAAGAUGAAUCAAGCAUUACCCAAGGCUGAUGCUUCGGGAUCCCCUAGUGGUUCUGCCUCCCGAAGUUUACUGGUUGGUAACAUACAUGUACUUUACAACCCUAAACGUGGAGAUGUGAAGGUUGGCCAGAUGCGAAUAUUUCUUGAAAAGGCGAAUGAAUUGUCACAAAAAUGGGGGCGUUUACCAGUUGUGCUGUCUGGGGACCUAAAUAGUCUGCCACAGAGCGCUAUAUAUCAGUUCCUUGCCUCAUGUAAGUUGCACAUCCACCAGCAUGAUCGAAGACAUGUGUCCGGCCAGAUAUUUUCAUCUGCAUAUUCAGAAUUUCUAUCCCGGGACAAUCAUUUUAUAAGAUGGACUGAUGAAGAGCUGAUGCUCGCUACUGGAUCAAAACGUGGCACUCUUAGGCAUCAGUUGAAGCUCUGCAGUGCUUAUGCUGGUGUUCCGGGAAGCUCACAAGUUAGGGAUAGACAUGGGGAACCUCUAGCAACAUCUUAUCAUCGCUUAUUUUCUGGAACGGUCGAUUAUAUAUGGCAUACUUCAAACCUUGUUCCUGUAAAAGUUCUCGAGACCUUGCCAAUGCCCAAAUUAAAGAACACUGGCUGCCUUCCCAGUAAGGAAUGGGGAAGCGAUCAUCUUGCUCUCGUAUGUGAACUUGCUUUCACCGAGGAAACAGAUCACGACACCAGCCCAUCGAAUCACAGCUGAUAGAUAUAUCCAUUGUUGGCUCUUUAAGGUGUGCUUCUCAUCUACAUGCUAAUAAUUUGAAUGAAAGAAAAAGAAGGAUAACUAUUACUCCUUUUUAGAUGUUAAUAGCUUUUUUAUUUAUUUUUUUUUUUUUGGUGAUAAAAUACAAUAUGUUAUAUAUAUAUGUAUAUAUAUAUAUCAUCAUUUAUACUAUUUCCUCCAU